UAAUCUCGCCGGUAUUGCCUCUCCUAUGCCUGCUGCAAUGCGGGAGGAGCGUGUUGUCACGAUCACCGCAGCGUUCUCCUCUACUUCUCCCCGUUUACGGCACUCGAUUUGAUGCUGCUUUCGCCAAGUUUUAGCCAUGUGAGGGAAGAGUUGGACGGUUCUGCCUCAGUUGGAGCAUGAUGUAGCUUGGCGCGCAAUUUUGUUAGUUAGCGUGUUUAAUCUUGCGUUUCUUUUGAAAUGUCUGGAUCGAUUCACGCUCUCGGUGUGCAAUCCGGCGUUGCGGCCUCGAAUUGUGCGGUUAGGUUUGUGUGUGUAUGUGUGUGUUGAGAGAGCAUCAGAAUUGGAGUUCUUAAAGUCUGCUCCAUUUUCCUUUUUCUAGCCCUCUCACUAGAAGGUUUGCGUUAGCUUUGAUGCCUAGUUUCUGAAUCCAUUUCUGGUGUAGGCGUGGGUGUGUGAUGGUUUGGUGCCUGUCUGUCAGAAAUUCAUUUGAUCUCGUAGCUAUGGAGCGCGUGGAAUCCUAGAAAGCAUUGGUUCGUUUACAAUUUGGAGUUCUCAAGAGGAUCUGAUUGUUGAGUAUUUGAUCCAUAUAGGAAUUGUGCUUUUGUCGGAAAAUCCUAUGUGAUCGAGUAGUGAAUGUACCACAGCUCGGCAUCUUUUUUUUCGUUUGGUUCUCUAUUGUGUGUGUGGUCACAAUUGGUGAAAUGUCCACGACAAGUAGAAACCAAUCUGCAGAGUGGUAUGUAAAGCAGUAAAAUUUGAACUCAGAAGUUACUCCGAGCGUAAGAUUUCGGUAGCAGAUGCAAGUCGUACCCUAGUUGUUGUUUCUCAACUUGGAGCAUUUACAAUUCGACAAUUGCAUUUGUUGCAGAAUUUGAGCUUGACGAGUUUAUGGUUGGGCUUAUUUUUAGAGAAGUUAGGGAAGCACCUUCAAUUUAUUUUGCUAAUGAUAGUUGCGCCUGUUUCUUAUGAAGCAGUUAGGGUUGAAGAAGCGGACGUGAUUUUUAGGUUGGUCGGUGCUGCUUGCGUUCAGCGUGGUCAGACUGGCAUUGAACAUUGUACAUUUUCUUAAGUUUCUGAUGCUGGUGGUGUAUAUCUUUUCAACUGCUGCUAUGUGCGGCAUUUUACGUUUAAUGUAACAUGUUAUUGUAAUACCCGAGGAUAAAUUUCCGUAAAUGAUCGCUAUUUGUUGAGUGGAAUAGAGGACAAGCAUUCCCUUCGGCAAUGUCUUGGUUUUCCAGUACCUUCUCUCUAUCUGCACCUCCUAUGCCGGAGGAAGACAGAGAUCAAGAUGAUGGCGAUGACAGCCCACGAGGCCAACGAGUCACGGACGAGAUCUCUGUAUUGACCAAGAAUUUGACUCGAUCGCUCUGGGGUGUAGCAUCUUUUCUGGCUCCUCCUCCCACCAACGAGAUGGAAUCUCCGAAGCACACGAACACACCUCAAACAGAGAUGCGUAGCACGAUGAUUGCUGAGAAGUCGGAAGUUCCUCAAGUUGGUGUGGACGUGGUUGCAACAGAAGAAAAGGGGGCAACAGGGUCUCCAUCGAUGGUUGGGGUAUCCGUAGGAGAACUUUCUAGUCUCGAAGAAAUAGAGAGUUCUAGCGGCGGGAUUAAUAGUUCUUCAGCAAGUAGCUCUAUCAGUGUAUCUGGAAACAUUCUCACAGGUGUUCGAAGUGACUUGGCUGAACUGAAGGGCACUAUGGCUACUGGUUUCUCGCGAAUCCAAACAGUAAUUCGCGCCGUUACUCAGGAUGAAGACGAAGACGAGGAUAUUGGUGCCGCGGAAGUAUCGCUUGCGGGUGGCAGCGUGUCUGGCUCGCCUCAAAAUUUGGGAGAUGACACAUUAAGAGAUAUUGGACUGACUUCCUUGCUGAAGCCACUGUUGGUGAGCAUGUCGUCAUUUCGUGGGAGGCUUUCCAGGAGCGAAGGAGGAGGAGGAGAAGAGUCGCGCUUGGUUGCAGUCGAACAGGGUGAAGGAGAUAUGGAUUACGAAAUUCAGCCAAAGCCGACUGGUCGUAGUUCGCUUGGGGGCAGUAUUGGUGGUUUGUCGAGACUUGCCAACAGCUUUAUUCCCUUUGCCCGAGAUAUUGUCGGAGAAAUUUCAAGAAGAGACUACUACGCUGUGGGAUUAACAGAUGAGGUUGUUUCCUUCGCUGAUAAUAUUGCAGGGCAUCCGGAGACAUGGCUAGAAUUCCCUUUCCCACAAGACGAAGACGAUGAUGGUUUUGAAAUGACGGAAAUUCAAGAAGAACACACCAAAGCUGUGGAGCAGUUAUCGUCUAAGCUGGAAGCAGUGCACCGUGAGCUUUGUCCCGCUUUUCUCAGUGAUGGUCGCUUUUGGAAGAUCUACUUUGCGCUUCUACACUCGCGCCUAAGUAAAGAAGAUGCGGAACUCCUUUCCACACCACAGAUUUUAAAAAUCAGGGAACUACUUUUACAACCUAAGGAGUCUAGGUCUGACACAGCCUCAAAUCAGUGUGAGCGCGUGUUGCCUGGCCUCACCGAGUCGAACAUGCGGGACUUGCUCCUUAAGUCUUCUGUAGAUUCUGCACCUUUACCCGUCAUGGAGGAGGUGUCACUAGACGAUGCUUCUCGUCUCAAUUCAGAGUCAUCUCAUGAGACUGUCUCGGCUGCGACAGAAGUUCAAGAUUCAAGUUCUUUGCCCACACUAUCGUCAAAGCUGGACGAUGAUCAGAGAGAAGUAGAUCCAUGGCUUGAGGACGAAGACAACGAUGUCCAAGAAACUGCCGACAGAGGGGUGGCGAUUAGCAUAGACGAAGAUGUGUCUUUCAGUGAUCUUGAAGAGGAUGAUGAAGACCAUAAACUAGAGGAUGAAUCCCAUGCUGUUAAAAAUGGCAAAGAGCGGACAAGUAAUGCUUCACUAGGAGAUGCGUCUUUUGGGAGCAAACCUGAAGGCGACUGGCUCACGAUUAACAUAGAAGAUGCUGCCAGUGUGACUUCCUCGUCUCCCUGAUGGUGUCCAGAAUAUGGACUUGCGGAUGCAAUUCUAGUAAAUAAUGACAAGUUAUGUCAAAUUGGCUUAUUUGCCUCCACUUUCAUCAACACGAUCAGCAAGAUGGCGUACGAAUUCGAAGCCGGAAGACGGGUUGGGUUUUGGAGAGAAUUUGCACUGCCUCCUUCGCAUCAGUCCCUCACUGAAUGUUGGUAAAAAAUACCUUCCUUGGUAACUAGCAGAUCAGAUACCAACGUUCCUCAUAGACCUUCAGCAAGUGGUUGUCUUGUUAGAAUAGGUUCAAUUGUACAGGGUGGCUUUUCUUCAGAGCUGAGAGUUCGGCUCCAACCGCUGGCUGCGCCAGUGCCAAAAGCAGCAAUUGUCUCCUUGAAACAUGGUUUUAUUAAUGUAACAUGCGCAUUUUCUCAUCA